AUGAGUACGUCAACGAAUUCUGCAUCGAGCAGUACUCAACCAACUGAUCAGCCUAUCGCUCAGAGAGCGGUUAUAUCCACGCCAACAUCUGCCACUGUCACCCCAUCACCUGCCCAAAUUAUAGCCGAGCAAAAGCCUGAUGUGGCGGAUGGCAUGGUGCUUGGAGAGGAAGCCCGUGACUAUUACCCUCCAGUGAAAAAUGAAACCAAUGGUGACAUCAAUAAGCCUCCGGCGCCAGCGCAGUCUGAAGUUGACAGGACAUCCAUAAUAAGCAAUUGCGGCACUGUUGAAGACGACAGCGCCACGGUUAAUCCCAGCCGCGAAAGUACUGCUGAUGACCCGGAUGUGGAGGGUGAAGCCAGCGACACUGAGCAGCCGGGCCCAGCAGAUAUCCGCAAAACUUCUGCUGCUCCGCAGAUAGAUGCGCAGCAACUGCGCUGUGAUCCCGACUUUGCUGUGAUAUGCAGUUUUAUCAACAAGUUUUUCACACUCAUGAGAAUGGAGCCAGUCAGUUUUUCCCAGUUAGAGAAUAUGUUUACAACGCUAGAAGAUGGCAGAGUAUCCAAGGAGCUGGUCGAUCUUCAUCUUAAGCUAUUACGCCGUUCAAUUGUGAAGACUGUCAGUAAUGAUAGUUUUGAAAAGUGCCUACUCAAAUACCUCAGCAGUACUGGUCUGUUGCCAUCAGAGAAACGGCAAUUAGAAACGUACGGCUACGUGCAUAUGUCCAUAUCGAGCAAAUUGAAGAUACUGAGGGCAUUAUGUGAACUGCAGUUAGACCAUAAUUUGCGAUUGAGAGAAAGUAUACCCCCAGCUUUGAGGGCUAUGGAUAUGCGGCACUUAGUAACCGGGGUAGAUAAGGAUGGACUCGCCUAUUACUUUCAAAUAGAUUCAAAGUUUGGACUGCGCUUGUAUACUACGGAACAAGAUGAUGAAAGCGGCACAUCUUGGACUCUAGUGGCUAGUGACAUGACUGAUCUUGAAAGUCUCAUCACAAAGUUGAAGGAGCAAGAUCUAGGUUAUGUGAAGAAUCCGAACGACAAGCGUGAUUUUAAUAAACCAGGUGAAGGUGAUCCCGAGCAUACGCUCACAAAUAUGGUGACUAAAAAGGGUACAUUUGUUGACAUGUUCCUUGACGAUGCGGCAAUCAAGAGAAUGAGAAAGAGAAUGAUCAAAGAGAAGGAAGAACGACGGAACAGACGAAAUGCGAGAAUGGAAAAUCCUCAAGAAACACAUGAGGAAGUGCAUGUUGAGGAGGAAGAAAAGCAUGAAGAGACUGAAGAGGGGGAUCGCAGAGUUUUACCUCGACGAAGUGCGUCGCAGAAAGCACAGUCUAACAUUCGAAAGUAUAUAUCUCCAAAGAAAACGCACGAGAAGAAGCCCAUUAACGAGGCCCAUGAGGAACUUGUCAAAGAGGAAGCCAAGAGGGAUUCUUCAACACCAGCAGUAUCUGACGAUAGCGACGGAUCUGCAGGCACGUCUGAGAACGAAGACGAUGGCUCUGCUAGCAGCGAUGACGAAUUCAAACCAAAAACUUCCAGAAAAUCGACAGGGAAACGUCGAGGUAGAAGAAAGAAAGUAGUGGAUGAUGUAGAUGAUGAGGACGACUCUGGCGAGGAGGAAGAAGAGGUGCGCCGCAGAGUUGAGGGUGAUUUUGCGUGUGGAGCUUGCAAACGAAGUGACAAUGAAGAAAUUUUGUUGCUCUGUGACAAUUGUGACGAUGCUUGGCACACAACGUGUCUGAAACCGCCGCUUUGGUUCGUUCCCGCAGGCAAAUGGUAUUGCCCGAAAUGUGAACAUGGAAUGCUCAUUGAAUGUCUCACCUAUGUCCAGGAAAUGCUUUCGAUCCAACAGAAAAAAGCAGCUGCAGAAGAGAAGAAAAGGAAGGCGGCAGCAGACAGAUUCCGUCGUGAAAUGGAGUACAUAGGCGUCUCCCUCAAUAAUAUCAUUCCAACUACGUUGAAACAAAGUGCCGUGGACAGCUCAAGCUCUUCAUCCAGUGACGAUGGUCAACGUCGUAGUAAGAGGAAAGCCGUAAAAAAAAUUGCACCGAAUGCUCAUCGAUAUGCGCCGUUGCAAGUGCAGACUGUAGCUGAAGGCCGAUCAAGAAGAUCUGUGAAAAAGGUGGACUACAAAUUUUCUGAGUUCGACACAGUGAUCAAAGAAGCUUGUCGACUGAAUGAAUCACCUCCUCCACCAGAAGUCAUGAAUGAAGUUUCUCGACCGCAAGGUGGAGCUGGUCGGGGCAAAGAUAUGGCAAACAUCUUGGAGGCUCAGAAACAACGCGAUGAAGGAACUCCUCGAGCCUCGACAGGUAUUCCUCCUCGUCUCCCCAAACAUCGGCGUAAACUAAAUGAUCUGAAUGUUAACGAGGACUCCGAUUCCGAUUCCGAUGAAUACAAGGCAAAUGAAUCAGAUGAAGAAGAAGCCGACGAAGACGCGCAAUCUUCAUCCGACUAUGUGCCUUCCGAGACUGAGCUUCGAAGAGAGAGAGCUGGAGGUGGUGGAGGACGAAGCCGACUGAAACCCACGCAAAGUGACGAAGAUUUCGUCGUUUCGGGUUCUGACGAUAGCUAUACAGGAACAAGGCGAAGGAAGAAGAGGAAGGGCAAGGAAAAGUCUCGAAAACGAUCAAGAUGGAAUUCGGAUGAUGAUUCCGACGAAGAGGAAGAUGAUGAAGAUACGACCUACUCCGAUGAUUCCGAAGCAAAGAGGAAAAAGAGGAAACAUGUGGAACCGGAAAGUGAUGAAGAGACAAACGACGAAGACGAUGAAGUGCAGAUGGAAGAGGACGAUGAUGAUAGCGAUGCGCCGCGGACGCGUGCUGGAAGACCCCUCCGAAAAGCAGUGGUGAAGUCGAAAGCUGCGCUUCGUGAGGAACUUGAGGACGAAGAAGAUAGCGACGAAGAAGAUGAAGAAACGGAAAAUGGUGAGCCUGUUGCUGAGAAGGAAGCUGUGGAACCCAAGAAAGCCAAGAAAAGAAAAAUCACUUCUGAUUCCGAAUCGGAUGUUUUUGAACCAGAUGAGGAAGCUGAAAACGAUGAAGAUGAGGAAGACGAGGAAGAGGAAGAGGAUCAGGAUAAAAACAUUCAAUCCAGAAGGGCGCCACCAAUUCCGGGCAAAAUGCAAUCUUCAUCUGUUGCCAAAAAACCAGCUAAUGAGCCUCCGCCACAACAAGAAUCGGAUGAGGAGACUGAUAUGGAUUCUGAUAAUGACUUAGAUCUCAAGCCCAAAGCUAAGAAACCACGUAUGGAGGAAAACCCUGAACGAAAACCUGAGGCUGUUACGAGCUCGGCCCCUCUUAAGGACAAUGGUGCUAUCACUAUGGAAUCGAAGCCGAAACCAAUCACUGCUCCAAAAUCUGAUGCUCCCGUGGAUGCAGCAGUUCCAAAAAGUUCAGUGUCAGCUUCUGCAGAAAUGGCCGAUCCAAAAUCCAUCGAGAAGAAGCCCUUGGCUGCGGAAGCAUCUGAGUCGAAGCCUUUGAACGCGAAGACAGCUAAUUCCGAACCAUCCGUUUCGAAGGCAUCCCCCUCUCUGCCUUCUGCUCCUAAAACUGCACCAGAGUCGAAGGAGGAGAAACCGCGUGUUUCACCGCUUUCUUCAAAAGAGGAGAAGCCUAGUGCGUCGCCAAGCCCGUCACUGGCACCAGCUUCUAACCCGUAUGUGUCUGCUACGGUCGUAUCGGAGUCAAAGGUCCUUGCUACCGUAGUCUCAUCGGUGCCUACGAAAGCAGAUACUGUAGGAGUUGAGACCAUGGCUCCAUCGUAUGUGACCAGCGAAAGAACUACCAAUGUAGCGUUGACAACUUUGGUUCCCAAUCCGUAUGCGACUGCGCCACCAAUUCCUCAAAUGCCCUAUGGUCCACCAGCAGCUAUGCCGUUUGUAUCAAAUCCGUAUGCGCCUUAUCCUCCGAACACGACGCCCUUUCCUCCUGGACCACCAGCUAUGGCACCGCCACACAUUGGUUAUAUCCCGGGAGUGGUACCAAAUCCUUACGGACAGCAGCCGAGCAUACCACCGUCGAAGACUGGCAGCCGCGACCUCCGAUCAUUGUGAUGAUCAAGUUCCUAAUAUUGUUUCCGAAAUGCUGUGCACAGUGCUUGUGGCCCGUUUUAUACAACGUGUUUUCCAUGCUAUCACAAUAUUCUACUUCAUACAUAGAGCUAUCAUCUGAUCAAUCUUUUAUGAUGUCGAUUUUUUUUCAAUCUGUGAUACGGUUACUACGACUGUGUGCAUUUAUUCGAUGUAAGCACAGCCAGCUUGAGUAUGUUUGUAUGUUUUAUUCCGUUUUAAGCUUGUAAGCAAUCUUUGUAAUACUUAGUUGCGUGUUCUAACCGCUUUUUAUCGUUGAAGUACAGGCCAAAUGAGCAUAUGAUAUGAUGCCCUUCUCCCACGAAUUCCGGUGUAAACUGGUUUGUUAAUUACAUGAUCCUAGAAGGGAUGAUACUCAAGAUCUGAUACUCACCAUUUUUUGAUUGUAAGUGCAUCUAAUCUGUUCGUACAUUUGAGUGUUUUAUUAAUUUUAUUCUUUUGUAUGAAGUAUUGAUGACUUGUUUGUAAUACAAUCGUUCAUCUUCUC